AUGCGUUCCUCCAUCCUCUUGAUUGCUUUCGGCGCUCUCGCCGCUGCCCAGUCCUCCGCUGCUGUGGCUCCCUCUCAGCCCGCUAUGACCUCCCAGCCUGUCAUCCCCACCUCCCAAGGCUCUCUCCCCGCCGGUGCUUCGAGCGCUGUCAUCGGCUCCAGCGCUGUUGCUUCCUCCUUCUCGAGUGUCAAGACCAAGACUGCCACCGCUAAGACCGAGUCUUCCACCUCCACCAAGACCUCCUCGUCCUCCGAGGCCAGUGGCUCCAAGAGCACUAGCACCUCUGAGGGUGCCGGUGUCCCUCUCGCCACCAUGGCUCCUAUGGGCCUGUCUAUGGUCGCCGGUGCUGCCAUCGCUGCCCUUCUGUAA